CUCCCAAUCAGCAAGCGUGAAGAAGGUGGGCUGCGGGGCCGACGCAAGCGCGGUACGGGCGCUGGUGCGGGACAGCUGGCGCCGGCAGCAGCCGACGGGCGGGAAGCGGCGGCUUGGGAGCAGGCUGUGCUGGAGGAGCUGCAGCAGCCGCCGCCCCUGUACCUAAGGAACCUCUGCUGCCAGCCCUUCCUCAGUUUUGGAAAUGGCGGGUGAAAUUACAGAGACCGGGGAACUCUACUCUUCCUACGUUGGGCUGGUGUACAUGUUUAACCUCAUCGUGGGCACGGGCGCACUCACAAUGCCCAAGGCCUUCGCCACCGCCGGGUGGCUUGUCAGCCUCAUCCUGCUGGUGUUCCUGGGCUUCAUGAGCUUUGUGACCACCACCUUUGUGAUAGAGGCCAUGGCCGCAGCCAAUGCGCAGCUCCGCUGGAAGAGGAUGGAGAACCACAAGGAGGAGGAAGACGACGACUCCUCCACAGCCUCAGACAGUGAUGUUCUCAUCCGGGACAACUACGAGCGGGCAGAGAAGCGACCCAUCCUGUCUGUGCAGAGACGUGGAUCUCCCAACCUGUUUGAAAUCACAGACCGUGUGGAAAUGGGACAAAUGGCCUCCAUGUUCUUCAGUAAAGUGGGGGUCAACUUGUUCUAUUUCUGCAUCAUCGUUUACCUGUAUGGGGACCUCGCCAUCUAUGCUGCUGCCGUGCCCUUCUCCCUCAUGCAGGUGACUUGCAGCACCACUGGCAAUGACUCCUGCGGUGUGGAGGCGGAUACCAAAUACAACGACACUGACCGGUGCUGGGGGCCCCUGCGCCGUGUGGACGCCUACCACAUCUACUUGGCGAUCUUCACUCUCCUCCUUGGACCGUUCACCUUCUUUGACGUCCAGAAGACCAAGUACCUGCAGAUCCUGACCUCUCUAAUGAGAUGGAUCGCUUUCGCUGUCAUGAUUGUGCUGGCCCUGGUCCGAAUCGGGCACGGACAGGGGGAGGGGCACCCGCCCCUGGCUGACUUCUCAGGGGUCCGGAACCUGUUUGGGGUGUGCGUCUACUCCUUCAUGUGCCAACACUCCCUGCCAUCCCUUGUCACGCCUGUCUCCUCCAAGCGCCACCUCACGAGGCUAGUGUUCCUGGACUACGUGCUCAUCCUGGCCUUCUAUGGCCUCCUCUCCUUCACCGCCAUCUUCUGCUUCCGAGGCGACAGCCUCAUGGACAUGUACACCCUCAACUUUGCACGCUGUGAUGUCGUGGGCCUGGCCGCCGUGCGCUUUUUCCUGGGCCUCUUCCCCGUCUUCACCAUCAGCACCAACUUCCCCAUCAUUGCCGUGACCCUGCGCAACAACUGGAAGACGCUUUUCCACCGCGAGGGCGGCACAUACCCAUGGGUGGUGGACCGCGUCGUGUUUCCCACCAUCACCCUGGUGCCGCCCGUGCUGGUGGCCUUCUGCACCCAUGACCUGGAGUCCCUGGUGGGCAUCACAGGGGCCUACGCAGGCACCGGCAUCCAGUACGUCAUCCCCGCCUUCCUGGUGUACCACUGCCGCAGGGACACCCAACUGGCCUUUGGCUGCGGAGUCAGCAACAAGCACAGGUCACCUUUCCGCCACACCUUCUGGGUGGGUUUCGUGCUGCUCUGGGCUUUCUCCUGCUUCAUCUUUGUCACGGCCAAUAUCGUCCUCAGCGAGACCCAGCUCUGAUGGCAGGACAGGCAGGUCUGGUGGUGGGAGGCAUAGGGUGCCCAGCCCCACCCCUCACCUGCAGAGCCCAGAUUGAGUUGCUCCCAGGUCUCCAUGGGACAGGUGGGACUGUGGCUCUAGGGGGAAACCCUCUGUCCAGCUGGGGGUCUUCUCCCCACCCCACCUUCCACCCAGUCUGCACCUGGCCUCAUUCCCCCCGGCUGCUCUCCUAUCAGGUCCUCCUGCCUGGGUGACACAUGGCUGCUCCCAAGAUCUAGGACUCAUUACUGGAAUCACAUCCCUCUCCCAAAUUCUCCAACAUGCUUCACGCCCCCACCCCACCUCUAGAGGCAGGCUCCUCCCUGUAGGGUGGGAGAUUCGGUGCUGGCACUGCCAUCAUUUGUCCCAGCCCAUGCCCCUCCCCUCUCCAGCCCCCUCCUGCAUCCUUGUCUCAGAACCCUCCACUAGCAGCUGCUGCCUCUUCAGAGGUGAAUCCGGGGCUGCAAGCAUCCCAGCCAGGCCUGCUUGUGACAGCAGAGGUCACCCUCCCACCAGGCCUAGGAGGCGCUAGGCGCUGCCUCAGCAAGGGCCUGGCUGGUCCCCUGACAAGAACAAGAAGUGCUAACUGGUACCAGAGUCCCAGACAGAGCUGCAAAGGCACUCUCUGUGGGCACGAGCUCCAGAGUAGCAGGCUGGAUGGAGUGUGCCAUCUACAGGGACACGGCCACCUGCCAGCUAGGCCUAAAGUCUGGAGCUUGUCGCUGAAAGGGACCCUCUGCUGCCCUCGAUACCCCGCUGGAGCCCUCAGGGCCUCCUAUAGUGCCGGUGGUCCUACUAGAGGAAAGCCAUCCCCACCUGGCACCUCCAAGGUUUGGCAGUGACAUGGCAGUGGGAGGACUCUGAGGUUCCCACCCUGACGGCAGUCAGGCUGCCCCUGCUCCCACUCCAGCACCAAAGGUGACUCCCUUAGGGGCUGGGCAUGGGUGCUCGGUGUUCACACACUCUGUGUCCCUUGGGCAAUGUGGGGUUGAAUGGGCCCCUGCUGCCAUUCUCGUGGAAGGAGGCCAGGUCCCCAGCCACCUCCCACUCAGCCGUGCACACACUUGCUGGGCUGGCCUCCCGGGAAACACAGGUGACUCGAAUGAACUCUGCAUUUUCAACGUGCCUUCUACUGUUUCAGGACCUGGGGGUCCUCCUGACCCUCACUGGCUUGCCCCCAGCCCUGGGCCUGGUCCCACCUAGAACCCAGAGCCGCUGGCCUGGAGCUGCCUCUCUGGGGUGGGUCUCAGGCCCCACCCCUCCCUCUUUUGAGUUCAGUGCCUUGCUCAGCCCCUCCCCUGCGUUUCACCGUCUUCAGACCUCUGACAGAGCAACAAUGCAGGGUCUCCUGGGGCCCAAAGUGGUCUCAGGAUCAGGGGGAUGUGGGAUUUGCAGGAAAUGUGGGGAGCCUGCAGGUAGCACCACCUCUGCCCUGGCAGCUGAAGCCUGGGAGAGCCCCUCAAGAUGUAAUUGGCCUCAGUCUGCUUUCUCACUGCCGUCACCCCUUGGCAGUCCUCACAGCUUGUCCCCAUGUGUCAUUAUUUUCCAUCCACAGGAAAAACAAAUGCCCCUUCUCCAUCUGCCAUUGUGGCUCCUCCCAGGAUGCCCCUCAGGGUGGGUAGAGCAGAGGCCUGCAGUGGCCAGGCCAAGAGCAAGGAAGACCUGGCCUCACUCCUGUGGCCUGGGCUCUCUCUAGAGCUGCCCAGUUGUUUGCUGAAAACUGAAAGCAUCUGGAAUUCCCCUUCUCCGGUUACAUUCCCUCUCGCUUAUAGACAAAGCAGAUUGAAUCAUCCUGCCGCCCCAGGCUCCAAACCAAAUUUUGGAGCAAAUUCAUUAGCUUCAUAAAGCCCAGGUUGAUUUAUGCGACAGUCUGGAGCUGCCCAGCCGUGGAGUAGGUGGCUGUGCUCCCUGCCACCUCUGAGCCGAGGCAGCCCCAGCCCUGGAGGGAACAGGCCCGCAGUGACCACAUUGCUGAAGCCAAACGGGGACCCUCCCCACUGCUGUUGUCAAGCUGCUUUGCUCCUCAGUGUCCUCCUGCUAGAAGUCAGAUGGGGUCACCCUCCUUUCCAUGGAUGCCAGGCUUCCGCCACUGACAGCCAGCAGGGAUUGGGGCCAGGGGCAGAGGACCACAGCAGCAAGACAGUCCCAGGUGAUGCUGGCUCUCCAUGUGUAUGAGGCACAUUGAACUGCAGCCAUCAUCAGCUUAGCAAAGUAGGCAAGUUUAGGUUGUGGUUUCCAUUAUGCAGAUGUGCCCCAGGAUCAGUGGUGGAGAGAGCAGAAGAGGAUGCCGCUCAGCCUGACCCAGGAACGGGUGUCGCUGUGGAGGAAAGCUUAAAACCAGUAGCCUCUACCCAUUGUCCGCCACCUGCAUGGCCCCAGAUGCCCCCAGGGGCAGGCCAGGUCAAGGUGGGAGUAAACGUUUUUUGCCUCCCUCCCUACAGAAGCACCAGACCCACCUGAGCCCCAGCACCUUGUGCCAGCAGCUCCUGCCUGUUCCUCACCUGAGGCUAGAGCAGUGGCUGCAAGAUUAAAGAUGGGGCAGGUGGCAGGUGACAGACUGGGAGGCACUGCUGGGUGAUGGAGGUGGGCUGUGGCACUGUGCCAGGCCCCUAGCCACACAGCUGUUCUCACCACAAGGCCAGGAGCAGCCUCGGCAACAGGCAGUAGCCAGAGUCAGAGGGGAGGAUGGGGGCUGCUACCCCACUCCUGGAAAGCCACUGCAGAGGGGCAGUGACUGGCAGUGCCAGGCCUGGGGAAAGUGGAGGCGUCCUGUCUAGGCGGCAGAUUCCCAAGCAAGGGUGACCCAUGGUUAAGGGCCACUGGAAAGCUGGAGAGAGCUUGGGAUCCCUUCCGUCUGGGCCAGUGGUAUUGAUUGCCCACUGGAGGGGUAACCUCCACUGAGGGUCAUUAUGUGCCAGGCAUGGCAUUGGGUACUUUUCUGUGUGGAUCAGGCAGCCAGGCCUGCCACUUGCAAGCAGAAAGCCUCCGUGACCUAUCCUUCCUCAUGUGUAAAGUGGGGUAACAGUGGCUGUGUCACUGGUCGGUUGUGGGGGUUAAAGUGCUCAAUAAAGCUGUUCAGUGA